GGGCGCUUCCGCCGCAGCCGCCGGCCCAGGGGAAGGAGCGGGGCGGGAUGUCGGCGGUGCUGGGUCUGGAGCGGCCGCAGGUGGUGUCGCACGUCCAGCAGGCGCUGAGCUACACCGUGUUCGAUUGCAAGUGGGUGCCCCGCAGCGCCCGCCUGAUGUGCCUGGGCAGCGCCGCCCGCGGCACCGGCAUCAUCCAGUUGUACGAGCUGCACGGAGCCCGUCUGGAGGUGCUGCGGGAGAUCGAAAAGCCCAAACCUAUAAAAUGUGGAACUUUUGGGGCUACAUCUCUGCAGCAAAGAUUCUUAGCGACAGGAGAUUUCGAUGGAAACCUUAACAUAUGGAAUUUAGAAGCUCCUGAAAUACCAGUGUAUUCUGUGAAAGGUCAUAAGGAAAUCAUAAACAGUAUAGAUGGUGUAGGUGGCUUAGGAAUUGGGGAAGGUGCACCAGAAAUUGUGACUGGCAGUCGAGAUGGAACUGUGAAGGUGUGGGACCCAAGGCAGAAGGACACUCCUGUGGCUAAUAUGGAACCUGUACAGGGGGAGAGCAAAAGAGACUGCUGGACUGUGGCAUUUGGUAAUGCUUACAAUCAAGAGGAGCGUGUUGUAUGUGCCGGAUAUGACAAUGGGGACAUUAAAUUGUUUGACUUAAAAACCAUGUCACUACGAUGGGAGACCAACAUUAAGAAUGGGGUUUGCAGUGUGGAGUUUGAUAGAAAAGAUAUAAAUAUGAAUAAGCUGGUGGCCACAUCGCUUGAGGGAAAAUUCCAUGUUUUUGAUAUGAGAACUCAGCAUCCAACCAAAGGUUUUGCUUCUGUUUCAGAGAAGGCACAAAAAUCUACAAUUUGGCAAGUUCGGCACCUGCCACAGAACAGAGAUAUAUUUAUGACAAGUGGAGGAUCUGGGAGCCUUCAUCUCUGGAAAUAUGAGUACCCAGCCCAGCGCUCGAAGAAAGAUUCAGAAGGAUCUGAGAUGGGGGUGGCAGGGUCUCUUAGUCUCUUGCAGAAUGUGACUCUGUCAACACAGCCCAUCUCUAGCCUGGACUGGAGCCCUGACAAAAAGGGACUUUGUGUCUGUGGGGCUUUUGACCAAACUGUGAGGGUGCUAAUAGUUACAAAGCUUAACAAAAUUUGACAAGAAAACUAGAAUUUCUGAUGAGAAAGCAAUAUAGUUUGCAGUCUGUAAAUAUGGGUGGGGGAGCUGUUCUAUUUCUAAUUUAAUUUCUUCUUUAAUAAAACUGGAUUAAAAAAAUAGAAGCCAGAUUUUUCUAUUGAAAGAUCAGAUACGUGCAAUCAGAGUUGUUUGGCUGAUUGUGCUGUCAUGACUUGAAGUUGCCUGGGCACAAAAUUUAACCUUCUAGAAAUGUGAAUUUACAAUGAAAAUAAAAUGUGCCUUUGUGUUAACACAGCUCUGUAAUUGUAGAGUUCACUUGGGUUUGUGUUCAGUUUAUUCAUAUUGCAAAUCUCUUCAUGCUUGUUAAAUGCUUUGGCUUUAUUAUAUAUAGUGUUGUCCAUGUGCAUUCAUGCAGUAGGAACCACUACAGAAACUUGUUGUGUUACUGGAUUUAUUAAUUAGAAUGUUUGUUAAAGUGACUUCGGAUUCUUUACUACAAUGGAGAAAUUAUAACAAAGGCUAAAGUACUCAGGUUUAAAGGAGUAAAGUUUUUAUUGAAGAUCAUACUGAAAUUAAACUAUCGAGUAAAAUGCACUGUUUUAUUAUUUUAGUUGGAUUUCCUAUUAAGUUUAUAUGUUCUGUUGCUUUUAUAUCUGUUUUCAACUUGAUAUUCUAUAAAUAAAAUUGUGUAGUGUUUUCUUAAUAUGAACAAAGUAUAUUAUUCAAACAUCCAGAGAUUUAGAGAAGUAAUGUAUAGAAAAACCUAACAGGCUAAUAAAACCUAAACUUUGUGGAAUGGA